AGAUAGCACAACACUGUGUCUGUUUCCUACUUGAUUCCCAACUCAUAAAUUCGUUUCGUCUAUAUAAACAAGAGUCCAUGGGAACGCGAUUGCAUCUGUUGGGUCCGUGAGAGAGAAAGAUGGUGAUUGUGAAGGAAGAAGCUUACAGCAAAAGAGUGCGGGUGUUCCGGUGGAACGAAAAGCUUCGUAAGAACCGAAUCUCCGAGUCCCAAGGUCUGUUCGUCUACUUCAUCACCAGCAAAUUCACUACUCUCAACCCUAAUAAUGGUCAUGCAGAUAUCGACGUCGAAGAGAAGAGGUUGAAGAGAGCAAUCCGAUUCGAUCUCACGGGGUUGCUCUCUCACGAUUCGAUCAAGUCACUGCCUCACACCGUUCUCGCCGCCACCAAACAGUUCUUACCGGAGACCAUUGUACCUUUAGGCGACCAAAUCUCAGACAAUCUUCUAAAAAGUUUCAAUUUUUGCCCCAAUAAUUUUAUUGGUACCAAUUUGCCCAAAAUUGUGAUUGUGACUGAGAUUUAUCGAAUCCGAAUCAUGGAUCACACUGACAUCGAUCUCAAUAUUUCGCCUACGCCGAUGUUACCUCCUAUUCCCCCCCAAUGGGGAUACGACUCCGACUCCGACUCCGACCCUUUUCUCCCUAAAUGGGGAUACGACUCCGAUGACGAGUUAUCGAUUUCAGAUCACCAAAACCAAAUAGAUUACGAGACGGAGGAAGCAGAGGAUGACCCGAGUGAUAGUUACAGCGCAGACGUGGAGUUCUAUUUGGCCAUUAUAAGAGAAUUUUUGGGCGAAAAGGGGUAUAUUCCGCUGAGAGUGGUUGCGAUUAACGAACCAAGAGGGCUUGUUGAAGUUGAGCCCGUGAGGUUGUUCCAGGCUGAGGAGGAGAAGUUUAGUGGCGGCGGCAAUAAAUGCUUGAUCUGUCUCGAUGAAUUAACGACGGCAGCGGUGAUCACUAGAAUGUCUUGCUCCCAUGUUUAUCAUACCAGAUGCAUUUUUGAGUGGUUGUGGAGUAAGAAUACGUGCCCAACUUGUCGAAAGCCAUGGCCUUUAUUGUAAUUCCUCUGUUAACUAUUUGGAUUGUGGUAUAAAAUUUUGUUCUUCAUGUACUCCCGUAUAUAUAGAUUAUUGUUUUUCAUAUA